AUGGCCGACCGGGUCAAGCAAGUUGCAGCCGAGGAAGCGGAGAGAGUCAAGGCGAUGGCUCAGGAAGCCUUCCAAUCUCACGCAUACCUGUAUCCUUUCAAGGGCAUCCUCUACUUCGUCUCCCAUAAAGACCUAUGGCGACCAUUGACCUCCAAAUUGGCACCUACCAUUACUCUCAGCCUCGGAGUCACCACGUUGAUGUUCCUUGUCGCAUAUGUCCCUCAAGCUGCAGUCAUGGCUUUCACUUCGGGGCCAGUCGCGGCCAUCACUGCCGCUUUGCUUACCCUCAGCGAAAGCUCUACGCUCAUCAAUCUUCUCUCAAGAACCUUCCUCAUCGAAGACGCCCUCAUUGACACGUUCGAUGGCACUCUCCUUUCACAGGGCUGUACCAAUUUGGUCACGGAAGGAAGACAGGUAUCGGGAGGAGGUGACAAUAUUGCGCGUCUGGGAAAGCUGGUCAAGAAGCCUUUUGCCAAGUUCACACCGAAUGCCAUCAUUCGCUAUGUGCUCUACUUGCCACUAAACUUCAUCCCUAUUGUUGGCACGGUGCUAUUCAUCCUCCUACAAGGGAAACGAGCGGGUCCAACAGCACAUACGAGAUAUUUCCAACUGAAAGGGUGGUCGAAGCGGCAACGAGAAGUGCACGUGGACGAGAUGCGUGGCGGUUACACCUCGUUCGGUGUGAUGGCAUUCGUCUUGGAGUUGAUCCCCUUUGCCAAUCUCGUCUUUGCAUUCACCAACACUGUGGGCGCAGCACUUUGGGCUGCCGAUAUCGAAAAGAACGCAUCAACGUCCCCUUGGGUACGGGACCUGGCCCAGAAGGCGGAAUAG